AUGACCGAUGGCAUAUCGAACGAACAAAGCAGUGAAAUCAUGGCUUUUAGACGGGAUGAUACGCCCUUAGAUCAACUUCUUCGGCUCACCACAACCUCCUCUGUGCUAUCCAACGUGGCCAAUACCAUCGAUUCCUCUGAUAAUCAUGCCUGUCAAUGUUUUCUCGAGGACUGCCUUGCACAGCGAGACAGAAUUCUAGCCUGGUAUUCGCGGUGGGAAAACGACAUCGGAGGGAGUCCUGCUCUAUUAGAAGGACAUGGGUUUCCCUUUUCGAAUCUGUCGCCCACGGACGACUUAUUUGGAAGCGCCUAUUUCUUCAGCUCUUGCGACAAUGCCAGGCUGCUUCUCAUAUUUUUCAAUGCGAUGCGACUCGUCCAUCCUCUGAUUUACCAAGCGAAGGCUCUAGUCUCACCAUAUGCGCACAACAAGCUUUUCGACGACGAAGACUAUCUUCUUGAGGGAUAUUAUGCUGAUCAGAUUGCUCGUUCGAUACCUUACUGUUUACGAGAUGAGCAUCAGUCGUGCUUUGCCCAUCUUUCCGUAAUUCUCGUGACCCAGUUGUCGAAAACCUACAUCGAUUUGCGAAGUCCUGGGAGAUUCAUGUGGUGUCAGGAGGGCUUCGAAGUGAUCGCAAGUAUUGGUUUCAUCUGCGCGAGUCAUCUCAAGGCAAUAAUGCUUGAACGAUGGAUUCGUGCGGGUCUUCCUGGGCCGAUAUCCAUCUCCGCAGCCGACAGUGGAGCGAAAGGAGAGAGACUAGAAAUCCCCUCCCUACCAAGCUUCAUGUCGUUUCCAACCGCCGCUAUCGGUCUUACAUCUCAGGGAGCAAACAGCAAACCAUGA